CCAUAUCUGUAAGGUUAGGAUCCUAUGAUUUAUCCUCUCACGCAGUGCCUGAAUAACUGUGGCAGUCAAAAGUUACUUUUGUGUCUGUAUAUAUAUAUAACUAUUUACUGAAACAAAACCACUUUUGAGGACUGAUCCCGUUAUUGUGAUGUAGGAGAUCCGAGACGACGGCUUGGUUCGGUGAACACGGCAACAUGAAAACAAAUCCUUUCUUAAAUGGAAGUAAGGAAGUUAAAAAGAUAUACUUUAAAACUGUGUGUAAAUAUACCGUAUACUCCUCGAGGCUUUUCAGUAAAGAACCUAAAGUGGACGAGUCAAAACCCUGAAUUUAACUGCAAAGUUAAUUUUUGUGCAUUUUGAAAUUCUAAAUUAUGGAGAAUAUAACAAAGAUAUUGAAUGAGAAGUACUCCGAAGUGGUGCUCCCAAACACCGUGCUGUUGGCAGUAGGGAUGACGAUGGGAGCCGUGGGGAAUAUAGCCAUCAUCUCACUCUACGUGUCCAGGAUAAAGGAUAAAAAGGGAGACCGUUACUUUAUACCUGUGCUCGCUUUCAUUGAUUGCCUGGGCUGUGUUGCCAAUGGAUCAUUUUACACUACAGAUAACGCCUUCCUCUUUUUGUAUCCUAGUGAGGUUCUUUGUCGUGUGUUGAUAUUCCUCUUAACCUUUGCAUCAGGAUUCUCCGCUCAUGUUCUUUUGGUAAUAGCCUUGCAGAGGUACCUUCUAAUUUGUCGACCAUUUGGCAAACAACUGACUUUGAACAAAAGAAGGAUUUCUCUUGGAAUAAUCACAGUGGCCUGUCUCGGGUAUGCCUGCCCAUUGUUAGGCAUAGGUGGCAUCAGGCACACCAAUUCCACUUUUCUGAACCAGACGUUUGAGAGCCACAUGUGCGUGCUAUCGGUAGAGACGUCCUUUGGGACACUGGUUUACUUUGGGACAAUGGCUUUAAUCACUGUGGCAAACAUUCUGGUAACCGCAGGGCUGUACAUUCCAAUAACAAGAGCUAUUUACAGGACAUUUUCAUUCCACAAGAAAAAUAUAUAUAAAGACAACAAAGACAGGCGGAUUUCCGAUAGCCAGAGUAGCACUCAGAUCUCUCACAUAUCAUUAUCAAUCGAGGAAAUAAACGUCAAUCAACAACAGAACAUAAGUAUACAUCAUCCAAAAGGCGAAAUACAGCAAAAGUCCUCAAGGAAGGAGGGAAGAACAAUUCAUAGAUCAAACACUGACGCCAGGAAAGAGAAAGUAAAAGCGAAGAUAAACUUAAUGUUUCUGAUUAUCAUUUUGGUGUACAUACUGUCAUAUAUUCCUACUCUUGGGAUUCUUAUCGCGACUUACACCCUGAGUGAUUUUACUUAUCUCGAACUGUCUACGGCGGGUAUUAAUCUGUGGCUGUUCUCUGCCCGUUUCCUGCUGCUGAAUCACGUGAUCAACCCCUUUAUAUAUGGGUAUUUUGAUAUCAAGUUACGGACUGAAUUCGAAAAACUUUGCUGUGGUUUUGUGAAACGAAAAUUGGAUCAUUCUGUGGAUAGUCAAACGACUUAAUUCUUUACUAUGUACUUUUUUUUGUUUUCAGUGUUGCCCUAGAAAAGAAAUGCGACCAAUUAAACCAAACGAAUGUCA